AUGGAUCCCCUCGCCCGCUGGCACAUCGACCCCAAGUCUUCCGCGAUCGAGUCGGAAAGCCAGAAGAUCUUAUCUCACAUCCCCACCAGCGCCCCGAGUACGGCCGGCUCGAUGGCCAACUUCGUAGACCUCAUGCACCGACACAUCACCCACCUAUACGAAAUGCCCGGCGACACCCUCUACUCCCGCUACACGAUAGCCUUCAAGAUGAUCCAAACCGCCGUCCGCUGGAAGUUCACCGGUACAACCUUUAUGCAGAACAGUGUCCACACCUCCAUUAUUUCACCUGCAGAGAUCACGCGUCUUUUCCGGCCGCUGGAUACGCAGUUUAAGGUGUCUCAGAAAUACGUACCUCUCACCAUCAUCAAGGGCGCGGGCCAUGAGUACAUCCCCAUCCCCGAGGGCGAGAGCGCCAUCGUCGCAGACUUCCACUCCAUCCGCACCCAAACCACCGACUCCCCCACAUACCUGACCUCAGGCUUCUACCGCAUCAAAGCGGGCCCCACACGCAACAUCCCCACCUACGACUACGAGGAAACCAAGUACGUUCUCAACGGCCAAAUCGACGUCUUAGACGAGGCGACCGGUGUCACACACCACCUUGUCGCUGGCGACUUUGCUUUCUUCCACGUUGGCUCCAAGGCGCAGUUCUCAAGCAAAUCGGGCGGAACGGCUUUCUUUGCGGUUACUAGGCCGGUUAUUACGCAACAUCCGGGGUUGAAGGGGAGGGAGGAGAAGGUGCUGAGCAAGUUGUAG